AACAAUUCCAAGAGAGCAAGUUCGAACAAACAGAAGUAACCAAAACUGUGCAUGUGUUUCUUCCUCCUCGCACCAGAGGCAUGAAGAAUCAGAACUUGAUCCCAUCUCUUCCAGACGACGUCGCCGUAAACUGUCUCGCACGUGUCCCUCGCUCACAACACACAACUCUCUCUCUCGUUUCAAAACCAAUCCGUUCUCUCAUAUCUUCUCCACUCUUCUUCACCGCUCGUUCUCUCAUUCACUCUACCCAACACAUCCUCUACCUCUCACUUCGCUCACGCGCCACCACUCUUCAAUGGUUCACGCUCCACAAUAAUCACCGCCUCAUUCCUCUACCUCCUCCCCCUUCUCCCGCUCUUGGCUCCUGUUACGCCGUCAUCGGCCACACAAUCUACAUCAUCGGUGGUUCAAUCAACGAUAUCCCUUCCCGUCAUGUUUGGAUCCUCGAUUGCCGCUUCCACCGCUGGCUUCCCGGUCCUUCCAUGCGUGUCUCACGUGAAUUCGCCGCUGCUGGUGUUAUUGACGGCAAAAUUUACGUAAUCGGCGGUUGCGUUCCUGAUAAUUGGUCUAAAUCAGCUAAUUGGGCGGAGGUUUUCGAUCCAGCCACUAGCCGCUGGGAAGGCAUUCCUAGCCCGCCGGAGAUUCGUGAGAAGUGGAUGCAUGCCAGUGCUGUCAUGGACGGCAAGGUUUACGCCAUGGCUGAUCGCGGUGGUGUUUCACUCGAUCCAAGUAGCCGCGCGUGGGAGAGCGUGGGGACCGAGCUUGACCUCGGGUGGCGAGGGAGGGCUUGUGUUGUCAAUGGAAUUCUGUAUUGCUAUGAUUACUUGGGGAAAAUCAAAGGUUUUGAUGUGAAAAAUAGUUUGUGGAAGGAAUUGAAGGGUUUGAGUAAAGGUUUGCCGAGGUUUCUUUGUGGAGCUACAAUGGCUAAUGUUGGUGGAAAAUUGGUUGUGGUUUGGGAGUGCCAUGGGUAUUUGAAUAGGAAGGGGAAAGAAAAAGAAAUGGAGAUUUGGUGUGCUGAGAUUGCUGUGAAUAAGAACAAGGAUGGUGAAUUGUCGGGUGAAGUUUGUUGGGUAAAAAAUGUUCUCUCUGUUCCAAAAGGAUCCUCCAUUGUUCAUUGUUCUUCUGUUGCCUUGUGAUUGUAACCACAUAUCACAUUGCUUGCCUUAUAAGGUCACCUGUUUGUUUCUCCCAACAUAUGCAUGUCUUGCAGGAUCAAGAAUUCAAGAUCCCCAAACACCUCAUUCUUAGAUUAAUUUCUCCUCCUUGGUCUCCUAAAUUCUUUCUAGUUUGAUCAGGUAUUGCUCCAUUGGUGUAUAUAUGAAUAAACAGGAGCUGCUCAAGUAGUAGUACAUAUUUACAACUGUAAUGUUUGUAUGUACUGUGUUGUAUUCCCGUUAUUGCGUUUUAUAUCCUUGUCAAUCCAUAAGUUGCACAUAGGUGGUGAGGCUCAACUCAUUGCUGGUUGUAAUAGUUGUAAAUUGUAAUAAUAACUAUCAAAUUGAUGGUGUGUAUGUGUCCAGUUUGAACUUAUGCAAGUGACUUUUAUAUUUGUUUCA